AUGCCCCGCAUACCCAAUGACCCGAAUCUAAGUGUCUGUCCAGACUACGCAGACCCUGCAUUCGCUAACACGAGGCUUCAACUUACCAAUGAGAACAUAAAUGAAGCUCAAGCUAUUCUGUUACUCAAGAACAUUUGGCAAGCUGAUAACGAUGCUGCCAGAGCUCAGUGGCAGCUCCAGGUAGAAGAAGACGCAGAACGCCGACAACACCUAGAACAGCUGAACCACGAGGAGCAAGAAAGGCUAGAGCAAGAGCGUCUCAACGAUGACAAGACAGCACGCAAAGAAGACAAGAAAAAGAAUAAGUUCAAAUACACUCCCAUUCCUAAUCUUGAUGUCCCUAUGAAACCAACUAUACUCCCUUCCCCAUAUGUGGUUCGCAAACUCGACAAGGGCGACUAUGUAGAACUCUGGUAUUUCACCAACGCAGGCCUAGAUGACGCAAAACUCAAAAGUUCCGUUGACGAAGACGCCAUGAUCAUGGCAACCUUAGCAGGAGGCAACACAGCUUGGGUCUCAGCCACAUUGAUGCGGAAUACCUCUACUGUCAUCGACGACCAGAACCUCUCAUUCAAAGACUUUUGUCAAGUGUGCCCUCGCAUCAUCUCUGCAAUGGAAGAUGCCUCCUGGCCUGAUGAUCACAUAACCAUGAUGGCCAAGUUUUAG